ACAAAUAAUGCUACAUUUUCAACUGGUUCGAGGGUCUUCUCAUUUCUUGCUCCACCCAAUUCUGAUGCAUUAAGAUGUCUCGAGGGGACCAAUGAGCUACACGAUUUUCGAGGCAGGCGAAAGGCGCAUCACUCUGAUCUAAGAAUUCUGGCCUUCGAAGUCAUGAAAUGGCCAUGUGCUGAAAGUUGGUGUGGAAACAGUAUAACUGGUGACGGCAUCGAUCAAACUCAGCCCGCAUCUAGUGAAACUAUAUGUUUUCCAUCCUUUGCUGCAGCCGGAUUUAGAUCUUGAACACCACCCAAACCAGGCAUCCCCAGAUUGAUGUGUUACAUAUCAGACUUGGGUCUUAACUUUUUUGUGGAUCAACUACAGUGUACCCUGGAUUUUCCCUUCUCAUGAACCCCCCAGGGCUAUUGGCAACAAAAGCAAAUUCAAGUAUUUUUGUUUCACUCCUUCAAAAGUGUGCGACUGAAAGUUCUUCCAAUGGAGGGCGCCAGCUCCACGCUCUGCUGCUCGUCUCCGGCAUCAAUCCCAGGCCAUACGUUUACAACAACCUCCUCGCCAUGUACGCCAAGUGUGGGUAUGUGGAGGAUGCCAAGAAGGUGUUCGACCAAACUCCCCAGAGAACGGUAGUCACUUGGAAUGCUAUCAUUUCUGCCUUUUCUACAUCAGCCCUUCAUGUCGUUACCUCUUUCGAACUGUACUGCAGCAUGGGAGAGCAUGGUGUCAGGCCCAACCAGGCCACCUUUAUAAGCCUUCUACAAGCAUCGAUUCUUCUUGCAGACCAUUCCAGACUUGGCGUGAUCCAUUCCCAGGUCAUAAAGUCCGGCUGCUCCGGCGACGUCCGCAUUCAGAGUUCUCUAGUGGGAAGUUAUGGCAAGUGUGGGAGGCUUGAGUAUGCGCAGCUUGCUUUUGAUGAGAUCACUGAACCAGACACCAUAGCUUGGAAUUCGUUGAUCGUCGGGCUCUUGCACAACAAUAGAUUUCGACAUUGCCUGAUGCAUUUCUGCAGCAUGUUACUGACCAACUCUAAACCGAACGAGUUCACGUACUCCAUUGUGUUGAACGCCUGCAGCAGGUCGGAAGAUAGGCUGAUGGGCCGGACGGUACAUGCCCGAAUAAUCAGAACCGUUUCUUUCCCAGACACGACACUUCUGAAUUCUUUGCUCGCCAUGUAUUCCAAUGUUAUGGACCCUGAAGCUGCAUAUCUUAUUUUCACCAGCAUCAGUAGUCCAGAUCUUGUCACAUGGAAUUCUAUGUUAGCGGCUUAUGCCCAGACAUCUGACGCAGAAAGGGCGAUGAGUCUGUUCAUGAAUCUUCAACACAAAUCUAGGGAAGAUCCAGAUGAAUAUACGUAUGUCGCCAUUCUUUCUGCAAGUGCAAGUGCACCAGCUUUUAUUUAUGGAAUGCCAUUGCAUGUCUGUGCAAUAAAGAGAGGGUUUGAACGCAGUAUAUAUGUGGCGAGCACUCUUAUUGACAUGUAUUUCAAAAAUGACAAGCCACUUUCUGCUUGUAAAAUGUUUGAUGCGAUAGAGGAUAAGGAUGUCGUGGUCUGGACAGCAAUGAUCACAGGUUACUCGAGCAUUGGAUAUGGGGAGAAAGCUAUAGAGUACCUCUGUGCCAUGCAACAAGAGGGGAAGAAAGCAGACCAGUUUGUUCUUAGCAGUUCCUUGAGUUCUUGUGCUGAUCUUGCAUCACAGAGGCAGGGAGAAAUGAUCCAUUCACUUGUAGUAAAAACAGGAUACACAGCAAAUAUGUUCGCAGCGGGAAGUCUAGUAGAUAUGUAUGCCAAAACUGGCUGCUUGCCUGCAGCAGUCACCAUCUUCUCAGAGAUUUCAGAACCUGAUUUGAAAUGUUGGAACGCAAUGCUUGGUGGGUAUAGUUAUCACGGCAAGGCAGAGGAUGCUUUCAGGCUGUUUGAUGGGAUGUUGCAGAAUGGGGUAAAACCAGACCACGUGACAUUCAUCUCACUUCUGUCCGCCUGCAGUCACAGUGGUCUGGUUGAGAGGGGUAGGGCCUACUGGAACUAUAUGAGAGGGUUCAUUGGGUUGUCCCCAGGGCCGAAACACUAUGCCUGCAUGGUGAGCUUGCUGAGUCGAGAUGGGUUCUUGAAGGAGGCUGAGGAGCUGAUUGAGCGCUCACCGCCUAGCUGCAACCCAGCGGAACAAUGGAGAAUUUUGCUGAGUUCAUGCAUCACGUACAAUGACCUAGAGAUGGGCUUGAAAGCAGCAAACCAGGCUUUCUUAUGGGAACCAGACAGCAUAGAAACACAUGUUUUGCUAUCGAACAUUUAUGCCGCUGAUGGCAGAUGGGAUGAUGUUUCACAGGUGAGGAAACGGAUCAGAAAUCUAAUGGUAGAAAAGAAUCCUGGCCUCAGCUGGAUAGAGAUCAAUAAAGAAUCCCAUGCUUUUGUUGCUAGCGACCAAAUCCACCCAAAAAUCGAGAACAUCCAAGUGGAGUUACAAAAGCUAAAAAAGCAUAUGAUCCUUUCCGAUGGUUUCACAAAUGUGGACUAG